CCAUCCUUUUUGAGCUCUUCAAUAAAAUCUUCUUUUUUAAAACUCAGAUCCUUUGAUAGGAGCAAAAUAGAGUUACAAAAUCUGUAUCAUCUUAUUGUCUGAUUCAUAAUUCUUGGUAUUCUUUUACUAUCUGUUCUCUCUCAAAUCCUAUAACUGAUUCUUAAUUGGAUCCUUAAAAUCCAUCCAUUGCUCUGUAAUGUCUCAGCCUUCAGUGAUUUCUUCUCAGUCUCCCACAACAGAAGCUUCUGUUACUUCCCGCACUCCGGCUGCUCCUUCUACUCCUGCUUCUUCCAAGAAACCUCAGAGUGGCACAAACACUAUUGGACUUUAUGCUGUCCAAUGCGGAGAAUGCUUUAAAUGGAGACUGAUAUCUAACGAAGAAGAGUACGAGGUUAUCCGUUGUAACUUGUUGGAGGAACCGUUUACGUGCAGUAAGAAAGCUAAUGUGUCUUGUUCUGAUCCAGCCGAUAUAGAAAAAGAUGCAACGAGAACUUGGGUGAUCGACAAGCCAAAUAUCCCGCGAACACCAGUUGGGUUUAAGAGAAAACUUGUUCUUAGAAGGGAUUUCUCGAAAUUGGACGCUCAUUAUGUGACUCCCACGGGCAAGAAAGUUAGAUCAACUUCAGAAGUGUCCAAAUACCUGGAGGAAAAUCCCGAUAUAAAAGGUGUGUCUCUCAGUGAGUUCAGUUUUACAGUGCCGAAAGUUGUGGAGGAUACUAUUCCUAAGGAGAUUUUGGAGAGGAAAGCGUCUGCUCGAGGCGAUAAGAAAGCCAAAGAUGCUAAGAAUGCUGAGUCUUGAAAUAGUUGCCAGGGUAUAUUGUCUUGUCUUGUUCUGUGUUUGUAAUGUUCAAUUAAGUCUGAAACUCUUUCAUUUCUAUGGCUAUGACACACUAGUAAUGUUUGUAUAACUUCAAUGUAAGACUGAAUGUACUAGCUUUGCACCAUCUUAGUUUCUUGUAUUAAUUUCUUA